UUUGAUUUGCUGUGUUCUUUAUCUCUCGUCGCAAAUCUAAUUGAGAGAUCUUCACACGAUAAGAACGGCAAGAAAAAGGAAGAAUUCAGUUCCUCAGUUCAUCCAAAUGGAUUUCGAGGAGUAUCUGGAGUUGCAGUCAGAGACGUUCGCGCAACUGUACCGCUGCUUGCCGAUCUCGCCUCUGAACGCGGACGACAACGGCGGCAACAGGGUCAUAAUGCCUCAGUCUGCGCUUGAUAGGCUCGGGUAUCUGCACAUCGAGUACCCGAUGCAAUUCCAGAUUCAGAACGCCAACACGCUGCAGGCCUCGCACUGCGGCGUGCUCGAGUUCACCGCCGACGAGGGCUUCGUCCACAUCCCGGCCAUGAUGAUGGAGCACCUGGGCCUGAAAGAGAGUGAUCUCGUGCUGCUGCAAAGCACGUCGCUCCCUAGGGCCACCUUCGUCAAGCUGCGGCCUCACACGAAUCGAUUCUUCAACGUAUCCGACAAAAAAUACUUGCUGGAGCACAGCCUCAGCAAGUACGUGUGCCUGACGACCGGCGAGACGAUCGCCGUGACGGCGACGGCGGCGACGAGGGAGGGGACGUACUACCUCGACGUGGUGGAGACGCGGCCAGCCAACGCCGUGUGCACCAUCGAGACGGACUGCGAGGUGGAGUUCGAGCUGGCCCUCGCCCACGCGCACCCCGUGGCGGAGUUGGGCGCCGCCAUGCAGGUUGAGGACGACGCGCCGGCCCGGUUCACCGGCGCCGCGAUGCGGAUGGACGGCAAGCCGGUGGAGGAGGAGGCGAAGAAGGCGAUGACGCCGUCUUCAGCGGCGGCGGACGCGAGGCCCAAGACGGGGCUCCAGUUUGGCCCCUCGGUGCCUGCCAAUAGCGUCAAUGAAGAUGAUGGUGGCAAGCGCUUCACCGGGAAGAAACAUUCUCUUUACGAUUGAUCGA